AUGGCCCCAAGGGCGCGUACAAAAGCAUCUGCAGCAGCUGCCAAUAUAGCAUCUGCCGCGUCGAAGGUAUCCCCCUCAGCUGUAAAGCCAAAACCGCCACGUGCAUCAAAAAAGGCUCGAGUUGCCGCAGCGUCACUUGCGACACUGCAGAAGACCCGAAACGUGCAGGUGAAGGAAGUGACCUCAGUGAAAAAUACUAGCAAUGCGUAUGAUGGACAUUUUGAUAGAGGAAUCAGGUUUUUGGCAACUCUGAUUGAGGAGAGGCGAAACAACAGCGAGGACAUCUGUAGCGAAGGGAUCCCAACAGACGAGCUCGAAAAGGCAUUCACCAACCCCCCGAACCGUUACUCUGCAAUGGCUGUUGAGAUGUUCUUAGUCCAGAAGUGCUUUGUGCAGGGCCUCAGAAAAGAUACUGCAUACGGGAUUCAGGGUGCCUUUGCGAAGUACUGGGAUACCAUGAAUGGGGACAAGUACGCUGGUGAUUAUCGAUUGGAUGACAAGACGGGAGAGGUAACUGGGUGUCCAGCUCGAGCACCUGCCGUCAUGGCUGUGAUCCAUGCAGUGAAGGUCAGAGCUGUAGAAAAGGGACAUGCAGCAUCCCGUAACCAUGCCGAGGCGAUAACAGUUGAAGAGAUGAAAAAGAUUAUUGACUGGUCAGAGAAAAUGUGUCCAGAUGACCUGCUCACCUUGCCGGUCAAAGAUAUCGAAACGUUAAUGUUUCGAGCCGAACACGCGCUUAUGCGAGCAUUCAUCAGCUCUGCAUUUACGCUAUGGACGAGAUGUUUCGAGUUACUUACACUUCAGGAGCAAGAUAUCAAGGAGGAUUGUGUUGGGCCAGCACCGUACUACAUUCCACACUUCAAAAUUGUCCUUGAAAACAGGAAGGGAUGGCAACAUGCAAAAGGAUAUGAAGGUCCACGUACCGGUAACAUCUACGAUAUAUAUCAUCAAGAUGUCCAUGCGAUCGACAUGAGUACACACCUUCCGAAAUGGCGAGCGUACCUUCAAAAACUCCAACCUAACCACAAAGUUGAAGGCAACGAUUACAUAUUCCCGUACAUCGCCCCAAACGGACUGAUUCAUCCUAAACGUGACAUGAGCUACGACAUGCUGCAAGGAUUACUUACCAAGUUCGCAGCGGCAGCUGGGUUGAAAAAACAUUACACCACACAUUGCUUUCGUCGUGGUGGCGCGCAGUACAGGUUUAUGUACGCACCUAUUGGAAUGCGAUGGCCACUAAGCUGGAUCCGAUGGUGGGGUGGAUGGGCAAUUGGAGAGCACGUUGACACAUUGAUGAAGUAUUUGAUGGAUUCCCUGCAGAGCUUUGAGGCGGGGCAUGGAAAUGCCUUGCACCCAAUUCCCCUUGGUGCGGACCAGAGCUUCAUGGGAGAUCACAUCGCUGUGGCACCUGUAUCGAGUCUGGAGGUUCGAGAGUUCAAGGCGGGGAUUGACCACAAGAUAGACGAACUUGUGAAAGUGAUCACGGCAACACUUUCCCAUACCUGUCACUCAGACAUGGUCAGCCACACUUUGGAAACGACUCUAAAUCCAUCAAACACAUCCGUUGGACCUACGCGUGUGUCGCACACCCAAUCGCGAGUGAUAUCAAGGGCGGCAUCAGCCCCGUAUAUCUUGCCCGAAAGCCCGCCUGAGGCUAUUGUGAUUGAGGCUAGCCGUGGAAUGUCCCCCGCGAGCUCCGAAAGGGGAACAUCAUCUGAGGGUGGUACUGUCAUUAUGCCAAGUUUCCGUCGCUUCACCUUCGCAAUCCCAGAUCUGGGAAGAGUGCCUGGUGCCUGGCGAAGAGUCAUCAAGCAGUGGGAGGAGAUCGAUCCUGUCACGAAGUGUGCACUGAAGGACUGGCCGAAGGACUGGUACGAGGGGAGUAGCGCCACGGCGAGCAAGCGGAACCAACGGAAGACGAUUUUUGAUGAGUUUGUCAGGAAAAAAAAAAAGUAUAUGUAG